UUACAGAGCUAUAGAAACAUGAAGAAUUUCUUUUUCCUGUGCAUUUUAACUGUUGGGAUCCCUACCAACACUUAUUGCUAUGGACGUAAUUACCAAGGUGUAAGGAAUGAAAACCAAAGAGGCCAAGAAAACCAGAAUGUUGCAGAGAGCGCUGUAGGGAACAGUCUUUGUCGGUUUGCAUGUUGUUUCUACAAAGAGAUUUCUUCUCAAGACAACAGUGGGAAUGUUUUCUUCUCUCCUUUGAGCAUCUCUACUGCCUUUGCCAUGCUGACUCUGGGUGCCAGAUCAGACACUCAGGCACAGAUUCUUAGGGUCCUUAGCUUUAACCCACGUGAGAUUUCUGAAAAUGAAAUACAUGAAGGCUAUCGUGAACUCAUGCAGAUGGUAAACAGGAAGAACGAGGGGCUACAGCUGAAUAUGGGAAAUGUCUUGUUUGUGCUUGACAAACUGAAGCCUCAAGAAGAUUUUUUAAGUGAUCUCAGAAGAUUCUAUGAAGGAGAAGCUUAUCCUAUGAAUUUCAAGAGGGCCGAUCAAGCCCAGAUAAAGAUCAACGACUAUGUAGGACAAAGAACCAAUGGAAAAAUCAAGGACCUCAUAAGUAACCUUGAUCCACUUACUGAAAUUCUUCUUAUUAGCUAUAUUUAUUUCAAUGCUGAAUGGGAAAAACCUUUUGAUCCAAAAUACACCAAAAAGAACAAAUUUUUUGUGGAUGGGACAAAGACUGUUGAAGUCCCGAUGAUGUAUGGAAUGGGCAUGUUCAAGCAUGGCUAUGAUGAACAGCUGUCUUCCACUGUGGUGCAAAUGGAUUACAAAGGAGGUGCUUCAGCGUUUUUUGUUCUGCCUGAUCGAGGAAGAAUGAAGAAGCUGGAGAGAAGACUGUCUUGUGAACGUAUGUCAAGGUGGAGCUCGUUAGUCUCAAAAAGGUCAGCAAAUUUGUAUCUUCCAAAAUUCACUCUUUAUGGGACAUAUAAUCUAAAAGAUGUAUUAUACAGAAUGGGCAUCAUGGAUGUAUUCACUGAUAAGGCUGACCUGUCUGGGAUCACUGGGCAACCCCAGCACAGAGUCUCCCAGGCUAUUCAUAAGGCUGUGGUAAAGGUGGAUGAGACUGGCACCGAAGCAGCAGCUGCCACAGGAAUGGAAAUAGUGCCUAUGUCCGUUCCAGCUACCAUUGUGUUCAACAGACCCUUCCUAAUGGUCAUAACUAUGAAUCAAAAGAUACUCUUCAUGGGGAAAAUUGUGAACCCUCUGAAAAAAAUGAAGUGUCUCCUGCGCCUCUGUUUACUCCUUACUGUUCUUUGUGCCGUGACCCAUUGCCUCCAUCAAGAUGUUUGCCAUGAAGUCAACAGCACUGAUCUACACGAUGGAACAGAAAACUUGUUAAAAUAUAACUGUGACAAGCAAGCCUCCAAUUAUGCAGAUUUUGCAUUUAGGUUUUACCAGCAAGCUGUAUCAGACGAAGCUGAUACAAAUGUUUUCUUUUCUCCCUUCAGCAUCUCUACUGCAUUUGCCAUGCUGGCUGUUGGUGCUAGGUCAACCACUCUGUCUGAGAUUCUGGUGGGGCUGGGUUUUGCCAAUCUGACUGAAACUGACAUACAUCAUGUGCAUGAAAGUUUUUAUAAGGUUUUAGCGGUAACUAACUGCACUGGUGUUAACACCACACUAAAUAUAGGGAAUGCCCUUUUUACAGCUGAUGGAUAUGAACUACAGGAGAAGUUUUUAAAAAACACUGGGAAAUUUUAUGAUGCAGAUAUUUUUUCUAGCAAUUUUCAUCAACUGGAAGAAGCUAAGAAUCAAAUCAAUACAUAUGUGAAAGAGAAAACCAAAGGAAAAAUUACUGAAUUAAUUGAUUACCUUGAUCCAAGUACUGUAUUGGUUCUUCUUAACUACAUUUAUUUUAAAGCUGCUUGGGAAAGAUCCUUUGAUUCUUUGCGUACGCGCCAGGAUGAUUUCUUUGUGAACGCACAUACACCUGUUAGAGUCAACAUGAUGCAAAGCGAUGCUCAUUACAAAAGUUACUAUGACGAAGACCUCUCUUGUGAGGUGGUAGAGCUGCCUUACCAGGGCACUGCACGAGCAUUGCUAAUUCUGCCAGAUGAUGGAAAGAUGAAGCAAGUGGAAGACGCUCUUUCCAAGGAAACUGUUUGCAAAUGGAAUAGAAAUCUUGAGACCAGGUCAUUACAUCUGCAGUUACCAAAGACUUCUAUUACUGGGUCUUAUGAUGUUAAAAAACUGUUCAUGAAAAUGGGCAUUGCCAAAGUAUUCUCUAGCGAUGCUGAUCUGUCUGGAAUUAUUACUGGCAAACAUGAUCUUCAGAUUUCACAGGCAAUUCACAAGGCUGUGCUGGAAGUUGAUGAGGCUGGAACUGAGGCUGCAGGAGCCACAGCCUUGAUUGUAAACAGAGGUUUCUUUCAUUCUGAGACUGUCAAAUUCAAUAGGCCCUUCAUUAUCUUGAUUUAUGACAAAGAAAUGAGCACAAUACUCUUCGUGGGGAAAAUUGUUGAUCCUACUAAGAAGUAAUUGCUGACUUAGACAUCAGUUUGCACAUGUGGGCCAUUUAGUGCUGCUAACUACUCACUGAUUGAGAAAUAUUAAGAAGUAAAUGAGGAAUUUUCCUCCCAACAGCUGACUGUUUUUAAAUGUAACACUUUCCCAAGUUGAAUAAUUUCAAUUGUAAAUACUUUUUUUUCCAAAUUUGCUUUGGAAGAUAAUCUUUUUGUAAAAGCCUGCUGUUAUUUCUACAAGUGAGUUCUCUCUGCUAAGCAGUUUCAUCCAGACUGCUUUCAGUUCUGGAUUAUUCAGCAAAAGCUUUAUCCCAACAAGUAACAAAUCUCUUACAAUUCAAUCACACCUUCUCCAGGACGUGCUGAUGGUCAGUAUUCACCUGAUCCCUACAGAGAUCUUUCUUGCUUACAUAGCCCUUUGCUGACUAGGCUUUUGUAGGUUUCCUUCAGCCAGUCUAUUCUUUCUCACAUCUUACAGCCCUUUAAGUAGGAUGUCUUAAAAAAACAAUGACAAAAAAAUUAAUUAAAAGAAAAAAUAUCUCCAAGACAAUGGACUUUGAGAGACAGUGAAUUCAGGCAUAAACUGCCAAAGAGCUGUUCUGUGACACCAUCCAUUAAUUAUUUCUAUAGCCAAUGAAUCAAAUAAAUACCAUUAUUUAACAUCCAUCACUUAAA